CCCUUCUCCCCUCCCCCCUCCCCCCAAGUCUGCGCUCCGCUCUAAUCGCCGCCGCCGCCGCCAUCAUGAUCUGUUUGGUGCUGACCAUCUUCGCCAACCUCUUCCCGGCGGCCUGUUCCGGCGUGCAUGAGCGCACCUUUCUGGCCGUGAAGCCCGACGGCGUGCAGCGGCGGCUCGUAGGAGAGAUCGUGCGGCGCUUAGAGAGGAAGGGCUUCAAACUGGUGGCGCUGAAGCUGGUGCAGGCCUCCGAGGAGCUGUUGCGCGAGCACUACGCGGAGCUGCGCGAGCGCCCCUUCUACGGCCGCCUGGUCAAGUACAUGGGCUCCGGGCCGGUGGUGGCCAUGGUGUGGCAGGGUUUGGACGUCGUGCGCAUUUCGCGGGCGCUCAUCGGAUCCACUGAUCCUGCGGACGCUCCGCCUGGCACCAUCCGUGGGGAUUUCUGUAUCGAGGUCGGCAAGAAUGUGAUUCACGGCAGCGAUUCUGUGGAGAGCGCCCGCCGUGAGAUCGCGCUUUGGUUCCGCCCAGAGGAGCUCCUGUGCUGGGAGGACAGCGCUGAGCACUGGCUGUAUGAGUAAUGGGGCCGCGUGGACCCAGCCUCCGCCAGCGGCAGAGGACCGAAGGCCGCCCGGGGCCUCUAGGGCAGACGUGCUGCAAUAGGUUGUGAAUGAUUUAGCACCCUCCAGGCCCCCGGAGAUGGUGCUCAGAACACCCCUUCUGUGACAGGUAUCACAGGACCCCUUCAGGACCUCCCAGAGGGCAGGUGGGUCUGCCCAACCAAACCCGGCAUGCGACUGUUGGCAAGCACACCUGGAAAUGCUCCGCGCGGCGCAGACCCUGGCACUCAGCUUGUGCCAGCAUUUCUUUUUAUAAUAAACUUAAGAAAACCCU